AUGCAAAGCAGUGUCAGAGAGUGCUUUGUGAGGCUGACUGUGCUGGCUUCUGUUAGGAUGGUCUACGCCAACAACGGCACGGCUGCAUACGGCAUGAACAUCACGUACAACCUGUCUUGGGCGCCGCACCACUUGGGUACCUGGCCGGUGUGCGAUAUCAAGAGCGAGGAUCAGGAGCAGAUGCCGGUUGAGGAAAGUGGGAACAUGCUCAUUAUGAUUGCGGCAGUGGCGAGGAAGCAGGGCAAAUCAUCCACUGCCUGGCUUAAGAGCUAUUGGCCGCUGCUGAAAACCUGGGCCGACUUUUUGAUCACCUCGUUGCCUGAUCCUGGCAAUCAGCUUUGUACUGACGACUUUGAGGGCCCCAACCCGCACAACGUGAACUUGGCUGCCAAAGGCAUUGUGGCCUUAGGCGCCUAUGCGCAACUGCUGGAGAUGGAUGGCCAGGCAUCAGAAGCACAGAAGUACCUGGCAAAGGCUGAGGGCUUCGCGGCGAGUUGGGAGGAGAAGGCCAAAGAUGGUGACCACUUUCGACGGCAGUAUGACUUGCCCAAUACCUGGUCACAGAAGUAUAAUCUGAUCUGGCAGAAGUUACUUGGCCUCAGCCUGUUCAAAGACUCGGUCUUUCAGCAAGAGUCUGCCGAAUACGAGAAACAUCGUGAGGCUUACGGCAUCCCCUUAGAUGACCGUCACAACUACACCAAGGCGGAUUGGUCCAUGUGGUCAGCUGCCUUCGGGUCAAAGGAGACCUUCAAGGCUACAGUGGACAGCCUGUGGACCUUUGCGAACUCCACCCCAGACCGUGCUCCCUUUACGGACUUUUUCGACACCAUCACUGGUCGUUUGAAGGGAAUGCGAGCUCGUCCAGUGAUGGGUGGCAUUUUCAUCGGCCUUUUGACUCAGAGUGAGGAGGUUGUGGUUGUUUGA